AGCUGGCUGGAGUGGGCCUACGCGUGUUAACAGCGUCGAGGAAGAGUUAGCAUUGUAAACAGAAGGCUAUGGCUGACGAGCGGGGAGGAGAAGACGACGUCAACCACAACAUGGGCAACCAACUCCAGCUUCUACCAGGCAACGAAGAGGAGGAGGAAGACGACAUGGAGACGGAGGACCGAGACAGCGAGGAUGCAACAAAACCCGACGUCAUCACCUUCGACCCCAGUCUGCCCACGUCACACAGUUACCUGGGUUCGGACAUGGAGGAGUUCCACGGGCGCACGGUCCACGACGAGGACAGUUGCCAGACCAUCCCCGUGUUGCCGCACACGGCUGUGAUGCUGGUGCCGGGACAGACUCUCCCCCUGCAGCUCUUCAGGCCGCAGGAAGUCAGCAUGAUGAGGAGCGUGAUACAGAAGGACCGGACCUUCGCCGUGCUCGCACACAGUGACGCUGGCGAACCGGAUGCAGAGUUCGGAACGACGGCAGAAAUCUACGCAUACCGGGAGGAGCAGGAGUACGGCAUUGAGACGGUCAAAGUGAAAGCUGUAGGAAGGCAGAGAUUCAAAGUGCACGAGAUUAGAACUCAAGCCGAUGGGAUCCGACAGGCCAAAGUCCAGAUCCUUCCAGAACGCAUCCUUGCCGAUCCCCUGUCUGCUGUGCAGCUCACGGCCCUCUCCAGGAUCCUCACGCACCCUUCCUCCAGGCCCCUCACUCAGAGCUGCAAGCAGGCCCAAUGCUGGUGGAACAACUACCGACAGAGGAAGUUCCACUGUGCUGGUCUGACGCCGUGGCCGCCGUGGGUCUACGCCCUCUAUGACUCCGAGUCCCUCAUGAACAGAGUAAAGAAGCAACUCCACGAGUGGGACGAGAACCUGAAGGAUGACUCUCUGCCAACCAACGCCAUAGACUUCUCCUACAGAGUGGCAGCCUGUCUGCCCAUAGACGACACACUGAGGCUCCAGCUGCUGAAGAUCGGCAGCGCCAUUCAGAGGCUCCGCUGUGAGCUGGACAUCAUGGACCGGUGCACAUCAUUGUGCUGCAAGCAGUGCCUCGACACUGAAAUCACCACCAAAAAUGAAAUCUUCAGCUUGUCCCUCUACGGUCCCAUGGCCGCCUACGUCAACCCGCACGGUUACGUCCAUGAGACGCUGACCGUCUACAAGGCCAACAACCUCAACCUGGUCGGCAGGCCGUCCACACUCCACAGCUGGUUUCCAGGAUACGCCUGGACCAUCGCCCAGUGCCGAAACUGCGGCUCCCACAUGGGUUGGAAGUUCACCGCCACCAAGAAGGACUUGUCCCCGCCUCGCUUCUGGGGUCUGACCCGCUCCGCCAUGCUCCCUCGCAUCCCCCAGGCCGAGGGCGACGACGAGGACGGGCGCCACAGCUCCCGCCUCUUCUGCCUGUGACGUCGUACCUUCUCUCCUCCAGUCUUCAAAACCCCCGCCCCCUCAUGUCCGGCUGCCUCCGGGUAAGGAACGCAUCGCACUUUGUCGCCCACGGCAACAAGUCCAUCAGAUUGGCGCAAAAGGUCUCCAGGCCUUCACUCUGCGUCUUGAUACUUGGACACGCUCGAGACUUGCUUCCGUUCAUGGCUGCUCAGUCCCCACUCGCACCAAAAUGAGAGCGUCAUUGGUUAGUUUGUUAGUGAUGUUCCGGUUUUUAAGUUAUUUAGAAAUCUAUUUUCUGACUGGUGACGUCUAAGAGUGUAAAAAAAAAUGGAUUUUCAGAUUAAUCCCAAAUAUAUAUAUAUUUUUUUCCUCCAAUCUGUCCUGUCCAGCCACUCAGACAAAUCAUAUAUUUGAUGUAGAUGAUAAUAUCGGAUGUACAUAUUUACUUUACAAAAGAGAAGUGUUGGAUACUUCUCUUGUUGCCUUAUUUGUAUUUGACUAUUAAAUGUUUAGGAAGCAUUUUAUUAAACGGAACCAGUUUUAUUUUAUGUACAAACCCCGUUUCUAUAUGAGUUGGGAAAUUGUCUUAGAUGUAAAUAUAAACGGAAUACAAUGAUUUGCAAAUCCUUUUCAACUCAUAUUCAGUUGAAUAUGCUACAAAGACAACAUAUUUGAUGUUCAAACUCAUAAACUUUUUUUUUUUUUUUUUGCAAAUAAUAAUUAACGUAGAAUUUCAUGGCUGCAACACGUGCCAAAGUAGUUGGGAAAGGGCAUGUUCACCACUGUGUUACAUCACCUUUUCUUUUAACAGCACUCAAUAAAUGUUUGGGAACUGAGGAAACUAAUUGCUUAGGCUUUGAAAGUGGAAUUCUUUCCCAUUCUUGUUUUCUGUAGAGCUUCAGUCGUUCAACAGUCCGGGGUCGCCGCUGUCUUAUAUUACGCUUCAUAAUGCGCCACACAUUUUCCAUGGGAGACAGGUCUGGACUUCAGGCGGGCCAGGAAAAUACCCGCACUGUUUUUGUUGUAACACGUGCUGAAUGUGGCUUGGCAUUGUCUUGCUGAAAUAAGCAGGGGCGUCCAUGAAAAAGACGGCGCUUAGAUGGCAGCCUAUGUUGCUCCAAAACCUGUAUGUACCUUUCAGCAUUAAUGGUGCCUUCACAGAUGUGUAAGUUACCCAUGCCUUGGGCACUAAUCAAUCAAUCAAUCAAUGUUCAUUUAUAUAGCCCUAAAUCACUAGUGUCUCAAAGGGCUGCACAAACCACUACGACAUCCUCAGUAGGCCCACAUAAGGGCGAGGAAAACUCACACCCAGUGGGACUAAUGCACCCCCAUACCAUCACAGAUGCUGGUUUUUGAACUUUGCGCCUAUAACAAUCCGGAUGGUUAUUUUCCUCUUUGUUCCGGAGGACACCUCGUCCUCUGUUUCCAAAUAUAAUUUGAAAUGUGGACUCGUCAGACCACAGAACACCUUUCCACUUUGCAUCAGUCCAUCUUGGGUGAGGUCGGGCCCAGCGAAGCCGGCGGCGUUUCAGGAUGUUGUUGAUAAAUGCGUUUGGCUUUGCAUAGUAGAGUUUUAACUUGCACUUACAGAUGUAGCGACCAACUGUAGUUACUGACAGUGGUUUUAUGAAGUGUUCCUGAGCCCAUGUGGUGAUAUCCUUUACAUACUGAUGUCGGUUUUUGAUGCAGUACCGCCUGAGGAAUCAAAAGUCCGUAAUAUCAUGGCUUACAUGCAGUGAUUUCUCCAGAUUCUCUGAACUUUUUGAUGAUUUUACGGACCAUAGAUGGUAAAUUCCUUGCAACAGCUCGUUGGGAAAUGUUGUUCUAAAACUGUUUGACAAUUUGCUUACAAAGAGGUGUACCUCGCCCCAUUCUUGUUUGUGAAUGACUUAGCAUUUCAUGGAAGCUGCUUUUAUGCCCAAUCAUGGCACCCACCUGUUCCCAAUUAGCCUGCACACCUGUGGGAUGUUCCAAAUAAGUGUUUGAUGAGCAUUCCUCAACUUUAUCAGUAUUUAUUGCCACCUUUCCCAACUUCUUUGUCACGUGUUGCUGGCAUCAAAUUCUGAAGUUAAUGAUUAUUUGCAACAAAAAAAAUGUUUAUCAGUUUGAACAUCAAAUAUGUUGUCUUUGUAGCAUAUUCAACUGAAUAUUUGGAUUUGCGAAUCAUUGUAUUCUGUUUAUAUUUACAUCUAACACAAUUUCCCAACUCAUAUGGAAACAGAGUUUGUAGAAAUGAUUGGAAACUCAAGACAGCCAGUACAUUAUGUUCUUGAAAAGUGUAUCUAAACAUUUGACCACCUUCUUCUGAGUAGCAACGUCUUCUCAGGAGGACAAAAUUUCCCACUGCUACACUGCAAAAAGUCAGUGUUCAAAAACAAGAAAAAAAAAUACAAAAAUGAGAGGUAUUUUACUUGAAGUAAGCAAAAUUAUCUGCCAAUAGAACAAGAAAAUUUGGCUUGUCAAGACUUUCCAAAACAAGUAAAAUUAGCUAACUUCAAUGAACCCAAAAAUACUUCAAAAUAAGUAUAUUCUCACUAAUAACAAGUGUACUACUACAGAAUACGAGUACGAAUUUUCUAUUGUUUCAUUGAAAAAAAAACGGCAAAGUCUAUUUGGCUGUCAUCUGUUUUAAUAUGAGAAAGAAUUGUGUCGAAGCCAUAAUUUUGUUUUACAUUCAUGAAAUAAGAAAUUCUUACUUUAAAAAGUAGUUUUAUACUUGUGUUAAUGACACAGCUUUGCAACAUUUGAUAUUCUCGUUUCAAGCUUGUUUUACUCAAUAUAGGUCAUCAAAUCUCAGCUACAAGCUGUAAUAUCUUACUGAGAUCAUUUAGGACCCAAACACUUAAAACAAGUAAAACACUCUAACAUAAAAUCUUAUGUAUGGCCGCGCAAGUCCAAGGAUGCCCUAAAUGUUCAUAACACACCCAGCCGAGUCCCAUGGGGGGACGGGAAGAAAGUUGGAAAAGUCAGCAAAAGUCCCAAAAAUGUUCAAAAUACCUACACAGGUUCGAGUCCCACAAGUUCCGCCGCCGGCCAGGAUGCGGAAAAUGUCCAAAACGCGCCCAGCAAAGACAAAAGUGACAAAAGUCGGGGAAAUGUUCAAAAGUCCCACCCGGGUUCGAGUGUGCACUCAAACUCAAACUCAAACUCGAACCCGGUUGGGACUCAAACCUGGGUAGGUAUUUAGAAAAUUUUGGGGGACUUUUGCCGACUUUUCUCAUUUUUCCCCCCUACUUCCCGUGGGACUUUGCUGGGUGCGUUUUGGACAUUUUUUGUAUCCCAGGACUUGUGUGGCCGGCGGCGGGACUCGUGGGACUGGAACCCCGUGGAGGUAUUUUGGACACAAUUGGGACUUAUGAACAUUUUGGCCGCCUUUUACCCCUCUUCUUCCCAGCCUUCCUGUGCACCUUUGUUGGGUGUGUUUUGGACACUUGGACAAAAAUAUUUUCAAGCAUAUUUUACUCAAAAUAGGUCAUAAAAUGUCGGAAACAAGCUGUAGUAUCUUACUGAGAUCAUUUAGGAGCAAAACCCUUAAAACAAGUAAAAUUAGCUAACUUCAAUGAACCCAAAAAUACUUCAAAAUAAGUAUAUUCUCACUAAUAACAAGUGUACUACUACAGUAUACGAGUACGAAUUUUCUAUUGUUUCAUUGAAAAAAAAACGGCAAAGUAUAUUUGGCUGUCAUCUGUUUUAAUAUGAGAAAGAAUUGUGUCGAAGCCAUGAUUUUGUUUUACAUUCUUGAAAUAAGAAAUUCUUACUUUAAAAAGUAGUUUUAUACUUGUGAGUGUUGAUGACACAGCUUUGCAACAUUUGAUAUUCUCGUUUCAAGCUUGUUUUACUCAAUAUAGGUCAUCAAAUCUCAGCUACAAGCUGUAAUAUCUUACUGAGAUCAUUUAGGACCUAAACACUUAAAACAAGUAAAACACUCUAACUUAAAAUCUUAUGUAUGGCCGCGCAAGUCCCGGGAUGCCCUAAAUGUUCAUAACACACCCAGCCGAGUCCCAUGGGGAGACGGGAUGAAAGUUGGAAAAGUCAGCAAAAGUCCCAAAAAUGUUCAAAAUACCUACACAGGUUCGAGUCCCACAAGUUCCGCCGCCGGCCUGGAUGCGGAAAAUGUCCAAAACACGCCCAGCAAAGACAAAAGUGACAAAAGUCGGGGAAAUGUUCAAAAGUCCCACCUGGGUUCGAGUGUGCACUCAAACUCAAACUCGAACCCGGUUGGGACUCAAACCUGGGUAGGUAUUUAGAAAAUUUUGGGGGACUUUUGCCGACUUUUCUCAUUUUUCCCCCCCUACUUCCCGUGGGACUUUGCUGGGUGCGUUUUGGACAUUUUUUGUAUCCCAGGACUUGUGUGGCCGGCGGCGGGACUCGUGGGACUGGAACCCCGGGGAGGUAUUUUGGACACAAUUGGGACUUUUGAACAUUUUGGCCGCCUUUUCUCCCUCUUCUUCCCCGCCUUCCUGUGCACCAUUGCUGGGUGUGUUUUGGACACUUGGACAAAAAUAUUUUUCUCAAAAUAGGUCAUCAAAUGUCGGAAACAAGCUGUAGUAUCUUACUGAGAUCAUUUAGGAGCAAAACCCUUAAAACAAGUAAAAGACUCUAACAUAAAAUCUGCUUAGUGAGAAGAAUUAUCUUACCAGACAGAAAAUAAGCAAAUAUCAGCCUUAUUUGAGAUAUUUCCUCUUACUUAAAUUUCAGUUUUUGCAGUGUAGAACCUCAGAGAGGGGACUUUUUAAAAAGUCAAGUGUAUUUUUGUAGGUGAGGGCUGAAUGACGUCAGGUGACACAUUCUGAAAUAGUCUUGCGAUGGUGUUUUGUCCAUAACAACAACGUCCGCUAAAACCUGUUUGGAGAACCCAGAAGACCAACCCCAAGCGCCAGUAAAUGUGGUCCAUGUGUGCCGAGACCAGCAUUAUGUCAUGAAGUCCAAACCUGGCCCGGUUUCAAAGCUUUGCAUCAAAGUAUGGCUGCGAGUCACCAACAUAUACUUCAUAUGUCCAUGUAGACCUUGGGUAGGGAACCUAUGGCUCUAGAGCUAGAUGCUGCUCUUUUGGUGACUAUAUCCGGCUCUCGGGUUAAUCUGAGCUGACAUUGCUUGACACGAUAAAUAAUGAAUAAUUCCACUUGUAAUCAGUGUUAAAAAUAACGUUCAAAAUAUAAAACAUUCUCAAGCAUUUUUAGUCCAUCCAUCCUUUUUUAUAUCGCACCUGUUCAAGAAUUUGCGUUAAUGGUAAUAAGUUAUUUAUUAUUGGUUAGUGUGGGGCUUGCCCUCCUGGGGGUUCUUCAGACCACCAAGCAUUGACAUGAGAGCCUGUUUUAGGGUUACAAUAUUGUUUUUUUUUUUCAAUAAGUCUCUCAGUUGCUUUCCAGCAAUUGUCUUUUUCUCUUUCGUCCUUACUCGCGCUCUGGCUCCAGCCCCAACCCCGUCACUUCUCCUUAUAACACAGCCACAGGUGAUUAGACAGGUGGGCCAUCUACGCAUCUGUCGCUGAUUUCAAGGCCGGUCCUGGCAACAACCCGCUUCGCUGCAGGCCCGCAGGCCACACCCCCUCCAUAGUUGGCUUCAGAAUAACAAUGUUAUUAAAAAGAAUAAGAGACCUAUUAUAAAUGUUGGUCUUACUUAAAAAUGCAGGCGUUUAGUUGUGUUCAGUGUUAAAAAAAAUAUAUAUAUGGCUCCUACGGAAAUACAUUUUAAAAUAUUUGGCUUCUCGGCUCUCUCAGCCAAAAAGUUUCCCGACCCCUGAUGUAGACCUUGGGCAUGCAGACUAAAAGUCCUUAAUGAUGGAUGUGACUUUCUGCUGCAAAAUGCCAAAAAUACUCAACGCUCAUUUAGACUUAAGCGAGGGAGGAGCUUUUAAAUGUUGCAGCUGUUGUGUUUUUUUUUUUUUUUUUACACACAAUGUACUUUGUUUAACGGCAAAGUGAGGAUGGAAGUGAACUUGUGAUCGUCCAGAUGAUUCUCUCCAGGUUGUACUACUGUUCUUGUCAAAAUGCUGGGUCAUGUUUAUGACUGUAAUCUCUAAUAAAACUGCACUUCAAUACA